UGACAACUAUCACAGUAUAUAGACAUGGUGCAUUAAGCUUUUUAAUUUAGAGGCACUUGGAUUGUCAUGUGUUUUAUGAUUAAUUCUAUAACAACUGAAAAGUUCAUAUGAAAUGCAAAAAUUUGUUUAGUAUGUUUAUUUACGUUUUAACUCUCCCUAACUAUGGAAGUGGUUGUUGUCUUUAUAUCUUUCCAAAUUCCCAUGUAGUAGACAAACUAAGACAUCAACACUCAUCACUGAAGGGAGUUCACGCUCUUCUUUACUAUUGGCUACUAUUAGCAGUAAUAGCCUGGCAAUAGGCUAACAUUUGCAAAUCAAUGAUUGCGCGAAAAAAAAGGAACAGUCAUAUACCGUAAAACUCAUUAUGGUGUUGAUAUAAACACAAACUGAUAGCUGCUCCACUUAAUCGUUAUUCUUAUCUUAAUCACUAUCCCGUUUUUUUUUUUUUUAAAUCUCGGUUUACAUUGUAACAUCGUGGAAAGACUGUAUAAAUAUAUAUUGUGGGAUGUUUUACCCUUUGCAACCUAUUAAUUAAGAAUAUUCUUCAAACCUAAGAAGAUAAUAUCCUGAUAAUAUAUUUGACAGUUUUUUUUCUGGUUAAAAGACAAAAAAAGGUGGAAACGAAUAAAACAAAAACCGGACUCUGCCCUCCUCAGAUGCAGUUUAUCCUCUCCGUUCACUGUGUGACAGGAUGUCGAUACUCACUUUAAGCUUCUUAUGGCGCUAAUGAAAGUGGCCACAUAUUGCUCGGGAGACAGAUGGCUUGUGUCUUGAUUAAGAUUUAAUUUUCCUGACGGGAAUAGCUGACAGGCUUGUCCCGCUGUGUUCACAGAGCAACACAUCUCUCACAUCGCAUCCUGGCUGAAAGGUACAGUGUAACUCCGGGGAGAGCAGAUGAUGUGUGAAGGUGCAGCUUUUCACUUAGCCGGUGUGUUGACUGUAAUCUAUAUCAGCUGCAGGCUCCCCCCCUUCUUCUUCCCUUUUCUCGCUCUGAUUCGUGCCUCUUCAGAAAGUGGAGAGUAACAUUUGCAGCGAACUUUACCAACCUCGCUGAACCGAUGUGAUGCGCUUGCUUUUAACACCGACACUGAUGAUGACUUCAGCAGCGGUUCAUUAUACACAUCAGUAACCUGAGCACAAGUAAGUAGGUGAAUUAAGAAUUUAUCCAUCAAGAAAAAUUCAAAUUCCAGAAGCAAAACUGAUGUAGAUCGUUUAUGUGAGAUCGCAUCACUAGCAGUGUUGGUUCAAAUACUAAAAGGAAGAAAAAAAAAGUUGAGUGUAUGAAUAUUUAGAUAUUCGUUUGUUUGUUUGUUUUCAGAAAUGAUGCAUUAAAAGACACGACUUAAAUGGAAAAAAGGGAAAUUUCCCUCACUAAACUAAAACUGAUUGCCUGUAUUGUAGUGUUUACUUUUCCCACACAUUUUCUGUAGAACAUCUUAAACUGUCUACUUGACAAAUGAAUUAAGAAAGUAAUCCACAGUUAAAUCAAUGAUGAAAAUCAUGCUAUAAUAGCUAUAAUUGGAGCCUUAAACUUUAUAUGAGGGGGUUUAGUGAUGAAUGAAAAUGCCUCAAGCCAUCUAGUGCAAUGAUGCAUUGCUUGAUGCCACAUUGCUCUGUAUAAUUUAUUGCUGUAAUUUGACAUAAAAGUCCAUGUCCCAUUUUUUUUCUGUGCCUCAUGUGGAAUACAGCUUGUUUUGGAGGAAGUGUUUAGCUUUGCACACAGAGCCGUUCACAGCUGAAAGGAUAAUCUCAGAAAUGAGUGCAAGGACCUACUCUCAUCUGCCUCUCAUCAGGCUUUUGUUGGCAUUUCUUUGAUUUGCCUUGGCUUAGCUUGGUGAUGUCAGAGUCAUAAUCGAGCAAAUAGAUUCUAUGAUCUGGAGGACCACUUGUCAGAGUGAGAAUAUAUCAAAAGAGUUUAAUAUGGUAUUUUUAAUUUGUUUAAUGAAAAUUGUCUCUUAAAGUUUGCAUGAAUAUUUUUUUUGUGUGCAGACACUUGAAGAUGAAGAUGAACAUAAGGACACAAGCAUUACACUGGGGUCUCCUCCUUCUGUGUAUAAUGAGCCUCUGCAUCCAGCUUGUGUCCAGUGGCAACCAAAGCUCCCGAGGAAAGACAGGGUCAUCACAGGAGAGGACAGGGACUUGUGAAGUGGUUGCUGCUCAUCGCUGCUGCAACAAGAACAAAAUUGAAGAACGCUCUCAAACUGUCAAGUGCUCCUGCUUCCCAGGACAGGUAGCAGGGACAACAAGGGCUCUGCCCUCUUGUGUUGAAGCCUCUAUUGUGCGACAGAAAUGGUGGUGUAAAAUGGAGCCGUGUCUGCAGGGGGAGGAGUGCAGAGUCCUCCCUGACCUCACUGGCUGGUCAUGCAUCUCUGGAAAUAAAGUGAAGACCACAAAGGUGACACGGUAGCAAGACAGAAGCUCCAGCUAAUCAGUGCAAGCCCAUACUGGUCUGCCUCGGUCAACUUAAAUAACAUUACACUGUGAGGAUAGUGAAUGCCCCGUCAGAUGGAGCACAGAACAAUAUAGAUUUAAUUAGAUAUGGCUCAGCUUUGCAGAAAAUCAUCAUUUUAAUUUGCUUUGUCUUGGAACAAUUUUGGUUUGUGUUAAUGCCAUGGCGUAGAGAAUCUAUUAGCAAUUGACCUGGGAUAAAAUGAUGCAGCACCUUUUCCAAUCCAAAUGAACAGCUUUUGCAAAAGUCUAUCAUUGUGUUUUGCGCUUGAUAUUCUGGGCACAUUGUGAUGCACUCAAUCAAAGUUUGGAUGGGUCUGCUGGCAGACACUUAAAAAGAGAUUUUGUGGAUUUUCAGGAGGCAGAAUGUGAAUCCAGUCAGUGGCCUGUGACUCUCUCAAAGCAGAAGCCAACAAAUUCUGAGAAAUUUAUUAUUAUAUAGCAUUUGUAGACAACCCUGUCUCUUAACUUACUCUGAGUUUCAUAAGAGGUCCGCUCCCUUUCCACAAAGAAGCACUCUCUCAAACACGGCACGAACACACACACACACAC